UUUUCUGUGAGAACUAGGAGCCUGUCCUCCAUGUUUUAUAAGUAUUGACAUUACACAGUGUUAACAAUGCAUCCACAGAGCUUGGCUGAAGAGGAAAUAAAAACAGAACAGGAGGUGGUAGAGGGCAUGGAUAUCUCUACUCGCUCCAAAGAUCCUGCCUCUACAGAGAGAACAGCCCAGAAAAGAAAGUUCCCCAGCCCUCCACAUUCUUCCAAUGGCCACUCACCACAGGACACACCAUCAAGCCCCAUUAAAAAGAAGAAGAAACCCGGUUUACUGAACAACAGCAAUAAGGAGCAGUCAGAACUAAGACAUGGUCCGUUUUACUAUAUGAAGCAGCCACUCACCACAGACCCUGUUGAUGUUGUACCGCAGGAUGGACGGAAUGAUUUCUACUGCUGGGUUUGUCACCGGGAAGGCCAAGUCCUUUGCUGUGAGCUCUGUCCCCGGGUUUAUCACGCUAAGUGUCUGAGACUGACAUCGGAACCAGAGGGGGACUGGUUUUGUCCUGAAUGUGAGAAAAUUACAGUAGCAGAAUGCAUCGAGACGCAGAGUAAAGCCAUGACAAUGCUCAACAUUGAACAGCUAUCUUACCUGCUCAAGUUUGCCAUUCAGAAAAUGAAACAGCCAGGGACAGACGCAUUCCAGAAGCCUGUUCCGUUGGAACAGCAUCCUGACUACGCUGAGUACAUUUUCCAUCCCAUGGACCUUUGUACAUUAGAAAAGAACGCUAAAAAGAGAAUGUAUGGCUGCACAGAAGCCUUCCUGGCUGACGCAAAGUGGAUUUUGCACAACUGCAUCAUUUAUAAUGGGGGAAAUCACAAAUUGACGCAAAUAGCGAAGGUAGUCAUCAAAAUCUGUGAACAUGAGAUGAAUGAAAUCGAAGUAUGUCCAGAAUGUUAUCUAGCUGCUUGCCAAAAACGAGAUAACUGGUUUUGUGAGCCUUGUAGCAAUCCACAUCCCUUGGUCUGGGCAAAACUGAAGGGGUUUCCAUUCUGGCCUGCAAAAGCUCUGAGGGAUAAAGAUGGGCAGGUUGACGCCCGUUUCUUUGGACAGCACGACAGGGCCUGGGUUCCAAUAAAUAAUUGCUACCUCAUGUCUAAAGAAAUUCCUUUUUCUGUGAAAAAGACGAAAAGCAUCUUCAACAGUGCCAUGCAGGAGAUGGAGGUGUACGUGGAGAACAUCCGCAGGAAGUUUGGCGUUUUUAACUACUCUCCAUUCAGGACGCCCUACACGCCCAAUAGCCAGUACCAAAUGCUGCUCGAUCCCACCAACCCCAGUGCCGGCACUGCCAAGAUAGACAAGCAGGAGAAGAUCAAGCUCAACUUUGACAUGACGGCGUCCCCCAAAAUCCUGAUGGGCAAACCCAUGCUGAGCGGGGGUACCGGCCGCAGGAUUUCUCUGUCCGAUAUGCCACGUUCCCCCAUGAGUACAAACUCUUCGGUGCACACAGGCUCCGACGUGGAGCAGGACACUGAGAAGAAGCCCACAUCCAGCCACUUCAGUGCCAGCGAGGAGUCCCUGGACUUCCUGGAUAAGAGCACAGCUUCACCAACCUCCACAAAGACGGGACAAGCAGGGAGUCUGCCCGACAGCCCGAAACCUUUCUCUCCUCAACCGUCGACUCCAGUCACAACGAAAACAGACAAAACGUCCACCACUGGGAGCAUCCUGAAUCUUAACCUGGAUCGAAGCAAAGCCGAGAUGGACUUGAAGGAGCUCAGCGAGUCUGUCCAGCAGCAGGCAGCGCCCGUUCCUCUCAUCUCUCCCAAGCGGCAGAUUCGCAGCAGGUUCCAGCUAAAUCUUGACAAGACCAUAGAGAGUUGCAAAGCACAACUAGGCAUCAAUGAAAUCUCAGAAGAUGUUUAUACGGCCGUAGAGCACAGCGAUUCCGAGGAUUCCGACAAGUCAGACAGUAGCGAUAGUGAGUAUAUCAGUGACGAUGAGCAGAAGCCCAAGAAUGAACCAGAAGACACAGAAGAUAAAGAGGGAAGUCAGGUGGACAAAGAGCCAUCGGCUGUCAAAAAAAAGCCCAAACCAGGAAACCCAGUGGAGAUUAAAGAGGAGCUGAAAAGCCCGUCACCAACCAACGAGAAAGUAGAUCUGGGACCCGUCAAGGACAAGGCCAGCCCUGAGCCAGAGAAGGAUUUUUCAGAAAAAACAAAACCUUCACCUCAUCCCACAAAGGAUAAACUGAAGGGAAAAGAUGAGACGGAUUCCCCGACAGUGCAUUUGGGCCUGGACUCCGAUUCAGAGAGUGAACUUGUCAUAGAUUUAGGAGAAGACCAUUCUGGGCGGGAGGGUCGAAAAAAUAAGAAGGAACCCAAAGAACCAUCUCCCAAGCAGGAUGUUGUAGGUAAAGCUCCACCGUCCACGACAGCGGGCAGCCAGUCUCCCCCUGAAACCCCGGUGCUCACCCGCUCUUCCUCCCAAACUCCCGCGGCUAGUGUCACAGCUACCACCAGCGCGACGUCCACCGUCACGGUCACGGCGCCGGCGCCGGCCCCGACCCCAGCCCCGGCCCCAGCCUCGGCCUCAGCCCCGGCCCCUGCCCCUGCCGCCACAGGAAGCCCAGUGAAAAAGCAGAGGCCACUUUUACCGAAGGAGACCGCCCCGGCCGUGCAGCGGGUCGUGUGGAACUCCUCAACGGUCCAGCAGAAGGAGAUCACACAGAGCCCCUCCACGUCCACCAUCACCCUGGUGACCAGCACACAGUCGUCACCCCUGGUCACUAGCUCAGGGUCCACGAGCACCCUUGCGGCUUCAGUCACCACUGACCUACCCAUCGCCACCGCCUCCGCUGAUGUUGCCGCAGACAUCGCCAAGUACACUAGCAAAAUGAUGGACGCAAUAAAAGGAACGAUGACAGAAAUAUAUAACGAUCUUUCUAAAAACACUACUGGAAGCACAAUAGCCGAGAUCCGCAGGCUGAGGAUUGAGAUAGAGAAGCUUCAGUGGCUGCACCAGCAAGAGCUCUCUGAAAUGAAACACAACUUGGAACUGACCAUGGCUGAGAUGCGGCAGAGCCUGGAGCAGGAGCGGGACCGGCUGAUCGCCGAGGUCAAGAAGCAGCUGGAGCUGGAGAAGCAGCAGGCGGUGGACGAGACCAAGAAGAAGCAGUGGUGUGCCAACUGCAAGAAGGAGGCCAUCUUCUACUGCUGCUGGAAUACCAGCUACUGUGACUACCCCUGCCAGCAGGCCCACUGGCCGGAGCACAUGAAGUCCUGCACCCAGUCAGCUACCGCCCCUCAGCAGGAAACGGAUACAGAGGUGAACACAGAAACACAGAACAAGUCUUCCCAGGGGAGCUCCUCCAGCACCCAGUCAGCGCCUUCAGAAUCAGCCAGCGCCUCCAAAGAGAAGGAGACAUCAGCUGAGAAAAGCAAGGACAGUGGCUCGACCCUCGAUCUUUCUGGCUCCAGAGAGACAUCCUCUUCUGCGGUCUCAGGCUCCAACCAAGGCUCUGUUAGCAAAAGGUGUGACAAGCAACCUGCCUAUGCCCCAAGCACCACAGACCACCAGCCGCACCCCAACUACCCAGCCCAGAAGUACCAUUCCCGGAGUAGUAAAUCCAGCUGGAGCAGCAGCGAUGAGAAACGAGGCUCGGCACGCUCUGAGCAUAACACCAGUAGUACCAAGAAUCUCCUCCCGAAAGAGUCUCGGCUGGACACCUUCUGGGACUAGGGGGAAAUUGUGACACCAACUGCCUGGCCCCUGGGGAGAAAACCCAGGACACCAGGAGAACAAGCCACCUUCAGACUUGAAAAUUCUGAACAUUCAGACUUGGCCUGUGCACCCGGCACAAAGGGCAGCCUACACUACAGGACAUCCAGCAUUACCUUCAACUGAGGACUGUUCAAUACACAUGAGCCCUAUGCUUUCCAUGUAAAUAAUGUACAAUUUGUGGAUGUCACUGAACCUAGAGUACCUUCCCCCUUUUAUAUUUGUAUUGACUUUAACUUAUAAAAAAAAAAAAAGAAAAAGAAAAGCAACUUUAAAAAAAAAAACCAACAACAAAAAGAAUGUUUUGAGGUUGGAGAGAAGGGCUGGUCAGUUAGCCUGUCUGUCACACAGCAGAUAGAGACUGAGCCUGGGGAUUGCUGUCUCACACGUGUCCUCAUCCUUGGAUACCCAGGGGAAAGCGAGCCGUUUCCGCUUGGAUGUUUAUAUGCAACUUGGUUGGCAGCAGGAGUUUCUGCACAGACUCCUGUGCGGUGUGGGCACAUCCCAUCAAGCCAUUGGCUCCUUUCAGGUACUACGUCACUCUUAAAACACAAGCUCUCCAGACCCAAAGGACACAGGGAGAAGCUCAGUUAUUUUUUGGCAUUUAAAUAAUGACUGCUCCUAAAAGGGGGGGGAGGGGAGGGAAACUAACAACCCAAACGUCCUUGUUUACAGAAGAGAAACAGAAACAAUCCCUGCUCAGCUCAGUUGUAGAGGAGAAGAAGGUAGAAAGUGUUAGGGUCCUAAGCUUCGAAAUAAAGAGAAAUCUUUCCUUUGCUUUGUGAUUCCUUUCAACACACUCUCACACACACACUUGGCAAGCAGAGAAGCGGUGCUUCUCGGAAGCAGGAACUCAAAGGCAAGCUGCACGCAGAGGACGUUUGAGUCUGGGGUGAAGCAUGUAUGUAUUAUUUAUAGGAUGGAAUUUUACAUUUUUAUGUAAGCAUGAAACAAAGGCAGUAUGAGAGAAAAAAAGCAAGACCCAGUCAUGCUGUCUGUUACACUACUCCACGUGUAGUACCAUUUUGUAUGUUGUGUAAAACAAAAAGCAUUGAUCCAAGCAGAAGGCGAUGUAUGUAUAUGAGCAAAUUAAUUGUACGAUAUCAUUCCAGUACAUUCUGUUGUACAUUUUAGUCUCGUUUACUUUCUCUUCAUUGUUGAUAAGAGGAUGCGAACUGUACAGUUUCCAGCUAGUUAACCCAUAGUAGAGAAGAAUUAAAGAGGGUGUUAGAAGAAACCAGGAGAGAGAGAACAUUUGUGAACUGCAGUUGUCAAAAAAAAAAAAAAAUAGCCUAGCUGGCCUUAUUUGUGAAGCCUAAUUGCUUUUAGCAUAUGGAAGUAUUUUUUCACAUUUUCUUUGUAUAAAAUUUGUAUUAAACUUAAAUAUCUUUUUUGA